CGAAAUCUCAAACUCUCUAAAAAUUGCUUUUGUGUUAUCUGAAAUAAACAGAUAAAACUUUUCUUCUUCGAAAAGGCAAUUCAUCACCGCCAAAAGAAAAACCCUUGUAUAGGUUACACGUAUUUACACCUUACCUCUAUCUUGCGCUCUCUUGGAGAAGUAAUGACCUUGAUUGCUAGAUGAUUGCACGUGCAAGGUGGAGAUAAUGGCAUUAGCAACCCAUCAUUUGCAGGGUUCUUAUAGAACAUGUCCUUUGAGUCCAUCUUCGUGGACUACUGGGGACAAAUUGAGACAUUCUGUAGCAAAAGUUCCUGUUGGCCAGAAAGAUAAUUUCAUAUCACUGAAGUGCAAAUCUUGUUUGAGAAUAGGGGCUCCUCUAGUCCUUAAACCAAAAGGAAAAUCCUUGAAGAUCUCAGCUUUCAAGAGCAACAACCAAAAUGAGUCUGGAGGCAGAGUCAGCGGGACAAAAUCCCUGAAGAACUCAGUAAAACUUUCUUAUGUACCACAUGAGAGUGAAGAAACCUCUGUGGAAUCUCCACGGGCACAAAAUGUUCCGAUUUCUUACCCCGCGGAAGCAGACGAGACUACAAGUUAUUCUGCCAUACAAAACAUAUUUAAGAGCUGGUUAACAUUGUUGCGUACACCUCCACCAAACCAAGUUACGCAUGAAACGGUGGAAGAGCCAUAUACCACAGAAACGUCAGAAACACAAAAGAUGGUACAAGAGAAAGAAAGAGGUUUCAUAAAGGCGGUCUGGUGCUACUUUCUGAGUCUGGAUGCAACAAUAAAGAUACCUGUAUUGACAUUUGUUCCUUUGUAUGUUGGUGUUACUCUAGUAAAUGGAGCUGAAGUAUCUAAAGAGUUGACCCCUCUCUGGAUUCUUGGACCAUUGAUUCUUGCUUUGUAUGUUAAGAUGCUCCGGGGCAUAUGUGCACUCUAUGUAUUCAGCAUCAAGCAGACGGUUAACGUGGUCAAGAACUUGCCUAGGUAUUCCCUAUUAGCCUAUGACUAUGUUGCUCGCGGGAAGCUCAAAGAACAUAUUAGAGCGCUUUUGCUGCAACCGUUGGUAGAUAUAAAGAACUUGGAUUACAAAGAGGCAGCGAAAAGAAAGACGAAGGAUAUACAAGUGUACUUGGUGGAGAAGUACCUGGACUAUGUUGAAUCAAUAUGGCCAUAUUACUGCAGAACGAUCAGGUUUCUGAAGAGGGCAAAUCUAAUCUAGGUGUAAGACUAUUAUAUCUUUCCAAUAUUCUGUCAACGGAAAAGCACAUUCAAAUACGGAAUAUUUUUUGUUUAGUCUUCUCCUUUACUUGUAUAAUUUUUUGUAAGCAGUGCCUUUAGGAAUCGUCUGUUGAGAACCCCCAGUUUGGGCUGGGGUUCUCCUCGAGAGCAGAAAGACAGGUUUCUGUUGUAACUUAGUGGACAUCUGAAAGUGGGUUGCAUGCGUUUUUUGUUGUGGA